AUGGUAUUCAACAUUGCGGCUAUUGUCAAAGUCAGGUCACGGGUCUACGAAUUUCCACCCGAGAGGUUUUAUCGAGCUGCGCUACACUUCUCCAGGGAUUGCUUCUCGCAAAUAUCGCUGUCAUCGAUUCAGGCCCUGGUUACCCUGGUUGUCCACAGUAUUCUGACACCAGCGGAAGUUAACCUCUUCACUCUCGUUCAUAUCGGGCUGGCCCAUUGUAUAGAGUUGGGCAUUCACAGGGAGCCGCCACCAGCUACCGAUCCGAAUGACAUUAAGUAUCAGCAAAUCAGACGCCUGGCAUUCUUCACCGUUUAUUCCUUGGAUAGGUCGGUAUCCUCCAUCCAGGGAAGGCCUCUUGGCUUCCGAGACGAGACAUUCGAUGUCAAGAUGCCUGAAUUACAAUCUCCAAGACACCUCAGUCCUACGGGCAGUCCAACACUUUCUUCUUUCUCAGCAGCGGUCCUCCGGUUUGCAAGGUUUCACUUCGAGCUCGAUCGCAUCGUUUCUGAUGUCAAAGUACAAUUCUACCAUCUUCCGUGUGACUCGGCUUGCUUUGCUUUGCCAGCAGACCCGGAGACCCAGCAGACCAGAAUUAGAGACGAGAUUGUUCGUUGGUGGGAGAAGGUUGCAGAGGAGCCAUUCAACUUUCCGGGUCUCGACAACCGCCAGCGGCGCAUGUGGCGGCUGAAGCUAAAGGUCAAGCAUCACACAACGAUGGUUAUGCUCUUCCAGCCGUCCCAGGCGAUACGGAACCCACCGCCGGAAUCACUCCAAGUCUGUUUCAACAACGCCGCAUCUAUACUCCAGGACUACCAGACGCUGCACGACCUGCAAGGUUUGCAUCACGGAUGGCGGACAGUCCAGAACAUUUAUGCCGCUGGUGCGACUCUAAUAUACUCCUUCUGGACAUGCUCGGCCGUUAGAAAUAACGCAUCCAUCGCGGACCUGUCAAGAAGCCUGCGCGCGUGCUCUGGCCUCUUGGCUGUCGGCGGUGAGUGGUGGCCUUCCGUCAAAAAAAGACAGAGGGGCUUUGGUGCCAUCGUUGACUUAACCAUCCGCAGGCUGUAUUAUACAGGCAAUAUGCCAUUCAAGAAUCCCCGCCUAUUCACCCCUCUUUCAUCAGAGGAAGGGCAAAAUGGAAUGGAACAGUCUGAGGGAGCGCUUUCUUAUGACUCAACUGGCCAGCAGAAUCUCUCGCAAGUUCCAUCCAACGGAACAGGCGCAUCUUGGCCGCACUUACCAGCGUCUUCCGUGGGAUUGCCACACUCCCAUGAUUCCCUGCACUGGCAUGUAACAUACCCCGAUGGCUCGUUUCAACCAGGAACAAACGACUACGUUCCGGAGAUAGAGAAUUUCCUAGCCGACUUCGACAAGUCCGAGUUCAGCUGGAGCUUUCCUGUGGCUGGUGUUGGCGACUCGUGCGAAGCGAGCAACUUUCAAACCCAGGCUACUGACUACAAAGAUACCGGCCAAUACGACUCUAAGUGA